CCUAACUCUAAUCCUUCUGACUCCUGAACUUCUCCUUCCUUUCACUUACAGAAGUCCUCACCCAACUUCACCCUAGGACCAGAGAUGCUGGAGACAGAGAACCCAGGCUGACCUGCUACCCAGUCCUGUUUUCCUCCCCAACUCCUGGGGACUUCUGCAAACAGACCCCAGUGAUGAAGAAGAUGGCAGGUUUCCCAGAAUCCUUCACAUCCAGAUACCUCCUCCUCCUCUUUCUCCAGCUGCUUACACUGGGCUCAGCUCAGUUUACUGUGAUUGGACCUGCUGAGCCUAUCCUGGCCCUGGAGGGGGAAGUUGCUGAGUUACCCUGUCACCUGGAGCCUAAGAUGAAUGCUGAGGACAUGGAGGUGCGGUGGUUCCGAUCUGAGAUUUCCCCACCUGUAUAUGUAUAUUUGAGAGGGCAGGAGCUGGGCACAGAACAGAUGGAGGAGUAUCGAGGGAGGACAGCACUGGUGAGAGAUACCAUCGAUUAUGGGAGUGUGGCUUUGAGAAUAAGCAGUGUCAAAAUCUCUGAUGAAGGACAGUAUCGCUGCUUUUUCAAUGAUGGCAUAGUGAAUGAACAAGCCCUACUGGAGCUCCAAGUGGUCGGUGAGUGCCUGGUUUUUCCUUAUGACUAA